GCUAGCGCUAUUCGAGGUGCUAUCCGUGUGCUAUUCGUGGUGCUAUCCGUUGCUAUUCGUAUACUAUUCGUGUGCUAUUCGUGUGCUAAAUCGCUAAUGGCUGUAAGUGGCGGUAGCGCUCGCUGUGCCUGGAUGAAAAUACUCACCACCACGGAUCACUACACGAACAGAACGUGCGGAGCGAGGCGUGGUAAGGAGACUACAAGACGUGAGACAUCGCAAACAUCCACACAUCACAGGAGUACCAGCGACAGAUUGUGCCCAAUUGCAACUACACCAGCAGAAAGAUUGUCCAAUUGCCUCCAACUACACCAACCGCACCAGCAGAGGUUACCACUCGUCGACUAGCCACCACCAGAGGUUACCAUCCGACUAGCCACCACCAGAGGUUACCAUCCGACUAGCCACCACCAGCCACACCAGUCGACUCCCAAGCCAUUGUCGCCAUUUUCCAGCUGGUGACGCCCAA